UAUCAAUUUCGCCCUUUUGAGUGCAACUCACACUCCGAGACACACUCUUUCGGAGCUCAUCCCAACAACUGUACGGACUUGCAGCUUCGCUGGACUGCAGGCAGCAAAGAAAAAGCCAAACGCAAGUAUAUUUCCUCCUUUUACAGGCAGCAGCGGCGACUACGAAGUCUUCCGAUACGACGUCGUCUCCUCAAUGCAACACCGCGACCAUCAAUUGCCCGGUCACCGCCCCAGGCGUCGCGCCCAUCACCCGCAGCCGAUCGUCCUGCAACCAGGCCAGGUCGCGUAUCGAGUCAUCUGCCAUGCUUCUAUUGCUGGCGGCCUAAUCGGCCGUUCCGGCUCCAUCAUAUCUCAAAUUCGGCGCGCCACAGAUUGCACCAUCCGCUGCGAAGAGCUAGUGAAAGGCUCGAACCACAGGGUUAUUGUGGUAAUAGGGUCGGCAUCCCUUGGGAGGAGAAUCGCGUUAAAAUCAAUGGAGGGUGAUGAUGAAGAUGAAAAGGAGCUCGUGUCAGUAGCGCAGGAGGGGGUGAUAAGGGUUUGUGAGAGGAUGUGGGAGGUGGAUGCACAUAGCCGACGGGUCGAUGAUAGUGAGAAGGGUGUGAGUGAGGGCUAUUGUGGACUUUUGGCCGAUACGACGCAGAUUGGUGCCGUAGUAGGGAGAGGAGGGAAGAAUGUCGUGAGAAUGAGGAGAGAGAGCGGGGCCCAGAUUAGGAUCCUGCCUGCCCCACCCUGUGCUGCGAAGGACGAUGAAUUGAUUCAGAUUACAGGUGCUAUUUUGGCUGUAAAGAAAGCAAUGGUUGCUGUAACUGAAUGCCUUCAUGAUUGUCCACCGAAUAAUAAAGAACCAAUGUCUUUGUCCAGACCUGCUGAGAGAGCUUCUAGCAUUGCCUCUUCUGAUCCACAUGCUGAGUUCUUCCCACAUCUUAGUCCAUUAUUACCACUUUCAACUGAAAAUUGUACAAAUCCCCAUUCAUCAUCCUCAGAUGCUGAUGAAGACCCCAAACAGGAUGUAAAAUCUACAAGACAAGAAGUUUCAUUUAGGCUGCUUUGCUCCAAUGGUGCCGCUGGGAGCAUAAUUGGCAAGAGAGGGACCAUAGUAAGAACUCUACAGAAUGAAACAGGUGCUUCUAUCGUGUUUGCAGCUCCUACUACCAUGUCUGGUGAACGUGUAGUCACCAUUUCUGCCUUUGAGAACCUUGAAUCAUGCCACUCUCCUGCACAAAAGGCUGUUAUUCUUGUCUUUGCUAGAUCUAUUGAGCAUGCCAUUGAAAAGGGGCGUCUAUCAGGCUUGAUUAAGGGUACUACUGUAACUGCAAGGCUCCUAGUGGCAUCAGAUGUUGUUUGUUGCCUGAAUGGGGAUGGUGGUGCUAUAGAUUCUGAAAUGACAGAAUUAGCUGAUAUCCAGAUUGUAGAAGGGGAACAGAGCCUGGAUUGUGCUUCAGAAAAUGAUGUAGUAAUAGAGAUCACUGGUGAGUAUGAAAAUGUACAGAAUGCUCUGUCUCUAGUUACUAGGAAACUGAGGGAUAAUCUUUUUCCUACUGAGGUGCUCAAUGAUGUGAGAGCAAGGAGUCCCCAUGGAAGGGUAAUGGGCUCUCCUAGAUCACAGCAAUCAACAGGCCUAUCUUUUGAUUCUGAUCGAGAACGUAGUUUGAGAGGAGAAAUGGAUCAGCUUGGACUCUCCAAUAGCUUACGCAAUGCCUCCUCAUCAGGACAACAGUCACCAAAGAAAUUUGGGAAAAGGCAUGCAAGAACUAUUAAAAAUAAUGGGAACAGCUCAAUGUCAUCUGGUGGGGGUUCAGAACUUGAAAGGUCGCUCCACUUGCUUCUACCCGAAGAGGUGCUUGAAGAGGUAGGUGCAAGGAGUCUUGGUGGAGUGAGAGAGACUCGUUGCCCCAAAUCACAUUCAUUGUCAGAUGUUGCUUCUCAUCUCAAUCAAGAAACUAUUUUAACAAAGGGAAACAAUCAACCUGGACUCUCCAACAAUGGCAAUCAUUCAUCUGUAUUGCGAAUGCCACAGGCUGCAGGAAGAGGCUCAUCGAAUUUUGGAGGGAGUAUAGAACUUGACAGUAGCUUGUGCACCAGAAAAAGGUCUGCUAUUGUGGCAAAUACAAUUUUGGAGCUAAUAGUUUCUGAGGAUAUUCUUGGUUCUAUUUAUGGUGAUGAUGGCAACAAUCUGGCUAGAUUAAGACAGAUUUCAGGUGCAAAAGUUGAAGUGCGUAAUCCUUCUCCCAGCAAAAGUGAGAGAAUGGUGGUUAUAUCAGGGACACCUGAUCAAACCAGAGCGGCACAGAGUUUGCUUCAAGCAUUCAUUUUGGCCGAUCAGUAAUUCGCAUACUAUGAUUCUAACCCCUUAAAAUUUACAGCUGAUUGUUGGACAUAGAUGUCAUUUGUGUAUAUUUUCAACUCAAAUCGUGUGCAUAUACUUUGGGUGUAUGGUUCAGUGUCAACACGGAAAUGCUAACUUCGUUCUAGCUUGAGGUUUCCCAGCAAGAUCAACACCAUAGAAGAGAGGUCAUACUAACAGGUUCUUCAGAUUUGGAAGUGCAGGGUAUAAUUAUACUAGACUUGUUGAUACUUAACUGCAACAACUUGAUAUCAUAUUCCUUAAAAAUCUCAUUAGAUCAAUCAUUUUACAUUC